AUGUUCAAGCUUAAGAGUCGUCGCAGCAAUCUCCUCAAAUUCCAUCGACCAAAGCUUCAGCUGAAUGAAGCCCCCAUUCCGGUGCUCAAGCUAGAGUCUAAACAGUGUAUACAGAACCUCCUAAACUAUCAACCUCCGAAGAUACGGCUGCAAAUACCGAGGUCGCGAUGUGCGGCUGUACUGGUAGCGUUGUUCGUUGGGAGGACGGGCGACUUGUACGUUUUACUCAGUCGUCGUGCGUCGACAUUGAGGACAUACGCGGGUGAUACCUCCUUACCUGGUGGCAAGUGGGACGCCCAAGACCACAGCAUCGAGUGGACAGCUCGGCGUGAGGCAUUCGAGGAGAUAGGUUUACCGAUGGACCGCCAAAAAGUCCCUCUUCUCUGCGUCGUAGAACCAUUCCUCGCCGGCAACCAACUGGUGGUGAUACCGGUGGUUGUCUUGAUCUUGGACAAUACUCUACGACCAAUUCUUAAUGCACCCGAAGUUGCUUCUCUAUUUUCUCACCCGCUCAUUUCGCUCCUGCAUUCGGAGCCACCAUUCUCUACCGAGCCCGAGAUGCUCGAGAUGAAAUAUCAUACGUACGUUGACAUUGCCGCACACGAAGGGCACGUCCGCAUGCACCGCUUCUUGACCGGCAGGGAAGCGGGCGGAACGAAGCCCAUCUUCGGGCUCACUGCCUCGAUAUUGAUCAGGGUAGCCGCGAUUGGCUACGGGCGUGAGCCGGACUUUGAGGUGUUCGCUCCGGAUCAGCCCUCUUGGGAAGAGCGGCUCGCACACGUACUCCGACACCAUCUUGUCUUCCGAGAGGCUGCCCAGCAGGAGGGUAUAGAUCCGGAUAAGACCGCCGGAUCCAAGACGGACGAUGCUCAUCCCGGGGCGAGGAGGGGUCGUGUACGCAGCAAGUUGUGA